CUUAAAUGUUGAUUUCGUCCAUUGGCUCCGUGCGUGAGUAAGGCGGCCUCCGAUUGGGUGGCGGUGCUCGAGACGCAAAUUGAAUGCGGAACGCGGGAACGCGGAGAGUUGCUGAAUCUACGUGACUAUGGUUGAUAAAAAUCUUCAGGGCAAUGAGCGGAACCCUUGGGAGGCAGAGUGUCCCUCUAGUGUGGCGUUAUUUCUUUCGAGAGCCGUCGCUGAUGGGAUGAUAACCCAAGAGGAGAUGGAAGACAACAGGAAACAAGUGGAAAAGAAAUCUGCUGUUGUCCACCAAAUAAAACUUCAAAAUGAAAUUGCAGCACUGCAGACUGAGGUCAACAAGACGAAGCUGGAGAGACAGAAGCUGGAGUUGGUGCUGGACACAGCUGAUGUGAGCCACCAGUCCCUGCUCUUGCAAAAGACAAAGAAGCUGCAGCGAAUCAACGGGGAGCUGGAGGGGGUGCUCAAAGAGCGGCGUGCCCUAACACAGCGGCUGCUGGAGCCCACCACCACGGCAAGCGUCGCUUUGGACGCAAACUACCACAGGCAAGCAGUGGAGCUCCUGAGUCUUGUGAGCCGUCUCCUGGCCGAUCUGGAGGGGAACGUGUCCCUUUUGCACGAGGUCAAUGCCUUUCACAUCCAGCACAAGAAGCUGAAUGAGGAGUGGAUGCAGCUGAGUUCGUCGGCACAGCUCCGGGAGGAGGCAGCAAGAGCCUUGCUGCGACUGCAGGAUGGAACGCAGUUGCUUCACAGCGCCACUCGCCCACAUUGAACAGAAUCUUGACGGCAUCGACCCAGCGCCCCUCAAAUAUCGGAUGUGCGCUGCACUUAAGCUCCCAGCACCAGAGCUGUGGAACUCCUCUUGUAGUAAAACUGCUAAAUACAGAAUACCCUACGGUUGGGCAAGGACACCCAUAGCUGCCAGAGCCUUGGUAAUUUUAGCAUUACCAGAGGCAGAUAAACUUUCAGCCAGUCGAUGGCACUACAAUCAUGGAGAGGGUAGUGCUCACUUCUCAGUGACCUUGCAGCAACCAACCAGCUCACCUAGAGGUGAUGCACAACAAUUUAAAGGCAGUACAAAUUAAAAAUAAAUAGACAUUAUGUUGCAUAAUAUUACCAAUACAGACUUUGCCUGCAUUGACUGCUCAAGUGAAAUAACAUUGAAAUAAAACUUAACAAUAUUAUUCUGCCAUCUAGUGGUGUUUUAUAUCCAUUCCAAAUGGCAGUGGUGUGAUGGCAAGAUUUUUGGUGGUACCAGAGAUUCCAAAAUUUAAGCUGACAUUCUCAGUAGCUCAAUCAGUUUUGUCAGUCCCGUGCAUUGAUACCAUGUCACUUGUGGUUAUUUUAAGAGUAAAUAAAGAUUCAAAAGUUAAAUUGUA